UCCUCCCCGGGCGGGCCGGGGGCGGUGGCCCAGCCGGAGAGCGGAGACCCGUCCACGUUUGCAGACGUGUGCCCGUCUCGCCCCGGCCCCGCGUCCGUGUCGCCCCGCUUCUUUCCCGGAGCCCGAUGGUGUCCCGGGCCCGGCCCCGGGGCGGGCGGCCCCCGCUGCCGCCGCUGCUACUGCUGCUGCUCUGGGUGACCGGGCAGGCGGCGCCCGUGGCGGGCCUGGGCCUGGGCUCCGCCUCGGAGCUGCAGAUCCAGCGGCGCUUCGUGCCGGACGAGUGCCCGCGCGCCGUGCGCAACGGCGACUUCGUGCGCUACCACUACGUGGGCACCUUCCCCGACGGCCACAAGUUCGACUCCAGCUAUGACAGAGACUCUACUUUCAAUGUGUUUGUGGGAAAAGGCCAGCUGAUUGCGGGCAUGGAUCAAGCUCUGGUCGGGAUGUGCGUAAAUGAGAGGCGUUUCGUGACGAUCCCCCCAAAACUCGCCUAUGGAAGUGAAGGAGUUUCUGGUGUGAUCCCUCCAAACUCAGUCCUUCAUUUUGACGUACUUCUGAUAGAUAUCUGGAAUUCUGAAGACCAGGUUCAGGUUCUCACUUACUUCAAGCCCUCCAGCUGCCCUCGGACUAUCCAGGUGUCCGAUUUUGUCAGGUAUCACUACAAUGGAACAUUCUUGGAUGGGACGCUGUUUGAUUCCAGCCACAAUCGCAUGAAAACCUAUGACACAUAUGUGGGGAUUGGCUGGCUGAUUCCUGGAAUGGAUAAAGGGCUGCUGGGCAUGUGUGUGGGGGAAAAGCGUAUCAUCACCAUACCUCCUUUUCUGGCCUAUGGAGAGGAGGGAGAUGGGAAAGACGUUCCUGGACAGGCGUCUUUGGUAUUUGAUGUUGCACUGUUAGACCUUCAUAACCCCAAGGAUAGCAUCUCCAUUGAGAACAAGGUAGUUCCUGAGAACUGCGAGAGAAGAAGCCAGAGUGGGGACUUCCUCAGGUAUCAUUACAAUGGCACGCUUCUGGAUGGAACCCUCUUUGAUUCCAGCUACUCACGGAACCGUACCUUUGACACGUACAUUGGGCAGGGCUAUGUGAUUCCUGGGAUGGAUGAAGGUUUACUUGGUGUUUGCAUUGGAGAGAGGCGAAGGAUUGUGAUCCCCCCUCACCUGGGGUAUGGAGAGGAAGGAAGAGGGAAUAUUCCUGGCUCAGCUGUGCUGGUGUUUGACAUCCACGUGAUUGACUUUCAUAACCCUUCGGACUCCAUCAGCGUCACUUCCCUCUACAAACCCUCUGACUGCUCAGUGCUGAGUAAGAAGGGGGAUUACCUCAAAUAUCACUACAAUGCCUCACUUCUGGAUGGAACCCUGCUGGAUUCCACGUGGAAUUUAGGAAAAACUUACAACAUUGUGUUGGGAUCUGGACAAGUGGUGCUGGGGAUGGAUAUGGGCCUCAGAGAGAUGUGUGUGGGAGAGAAACGCACAGUGAUCAUUCCACCCCACCUGGGCUACGGAGAGGCCGGCGUGGAUGGAGAAGUGCCUGGUAGUGCUGUCUUAGUGUUUGACAUUGAACUUCUGGAGCUGGUGUCUGGCCUGCCUGAGGGGUACAUGUUCAUAUGGAAUGGUGAGGUGUCCCCCAACCUCUUUGAAGAAAUCGACAAGGAUGGCAAUGGAGAAGUCCUGCUGGAGGAGUUCUCAGAGUACAUUCAUGCCCAGGUGGCAACGGGCAAAGGGAAACUGGCUCCUGGCUUUGAUGCUGAAAUGAUUGUGAAGAAUAUGUUUACCAACCAGGACCGGAAUGGAGAUGGGAAGGUCGUGGCUGAGGAAUUUAAACUCAAAGACCAGGAGGCGAAACAUGAUGAACUCUAAGCUUGACACGAGCCAGUCAGGGAGUGUAUGACACUAAGCCAUCUGCUGUGGCAGAGCAUGCAGUCAGGGUGUGAGGGUUUCUAGGAAGGCUUGACAUUAGCAAGUAGUAGAUAGACGACGUAGUACAUCCAUCAGGGUGGAUUGAUGUUCAUGGUGAGAACUUGGGCAGAUUGCCAGUGAUAGCAAACAGAAUCUACGCAGAGGGCCUUGGGAUAUGUGACGUGUUGGAAAGGCUGCACUAUUGACCAUUAUUUGUGAGUCUUCUGGGAAAUUGUGUAACUAAAGGAAAAUAACUUCAUGUACAAUAUAUAACCACCUUGGAGGAAACAAGAAAAGUACCCAGCUGUCUACCUAAAGAAAUCUGAUUUUUUUUUUAACUUGAUGGAGUGAAUCUUAAGAGCAUUCUCUACAGGGGCAGGGAGGCAGAGGGCAUGCAUACCCCAGUGAGAUCCCACAGCUGUGACUUUUCUCGAUGCUCUGCACAAUCUGGUGAUGCCAGGCCCCAUAUGCUACCCCCUCUACAAAUGCCAACAUUGUGCUUUUCCAGUUCAUAUAUUAUACUGUGGCGGCCCUACAAUUGAUAAUGCAACUUGGAAGUUUAACAGGAGCUGCUUGGACAGACAAAAACCAUAGACAGACCAUUUGAAAGCUGUCUUACACCACAAAAAGAGGAUUUGCUCUGCAUUGGCUCUGUAGGAUUAUCGGCUUCACUGUUCCUUACCCUCGUGGCACUGUCCUGUAGGGUACUCUCUCUCCACUCUGCACGCCUUUGGUUAGAUAGAUACAUAAAGGGCUGAUAGCUGAGCCUUGCUGGCCAGUCAACAGCAGUUUUACUGUGACUGAAUUGGGGUUCCUCUCAGCAGAUGAAGGUGAUAUUUUCUGCCACUAUUUGUAUCCUGUAGGGCAGUUGGGGUCUCCUUCUGCCACUGGAAAGCAGUAACAUACAGGCCAGCCUGUUCCUACAUCAUGUAGAAACCACAUUGCUGCCUUGCAUCCUCUGUUGCAAGUGGUCUUAACACUUACCCUAAAGUCAUCAAGGGUUUUCCUUUUGAAAUGGCUUUUUUACUAAUUUAAACUGUUUUGUAUUGAUGUUGCCUGGAGAUAGUUCAUGAAAAUGCUGUGCACUUGUUCAAUGGAAUUAAUGUUGGAAACCUGAUUUUUUUUCCUGUAUAAAAUAUUGAAUCCUA